GAAGGCUCUUUUGGGACUAAAAGGAAAAUAAUUAGAAAGAUACUGAGGUUGUGCAGAGCCUGCAGCUGAGCUGCGAAAACCCCGAAACUGUUUUUCAUCUCUUCGUCUUUGAGUUUUAUCUUCAGUCAGAGAAGGGUGAGAUCAGUGCACAAAGUAGCUGUUUCAACUGUUAAACUUGUGAAUGUCUUAUUGCUGUCCAAGGAGAAGGACUAUGAUUAAACUUUUUAAAGUAAAGGAAAAACAGAGAGAACUUGCAGAAAAUGCAAGUGGUGGACCACCCGUUAAGAAGCAGAGUGCUGGCGAGUUGCGUCUUCACAAAGAUAUAAGUGAGCUGAAUCUACCACAAUCUUGUACCAUACAUUUCCCCAACGGAAAAGAUGACCUGAUGAACUUCGAAGUUUCAAUUCGACCCGAUGAUGGAUAUUACAUAUGUGGCACAUUUUUGUUUUCUUUUCAAGUGUCUCCCAUCUAUCCACAUGAAGCGCCAAAGGUUAAGUGCAAGACAAAGGUCUAUCAUCCAAAUAUUGACUUGGAAGGAAAUGUUUGUCUAAACAUCUUACGAGAAGAUUGGAAACCUGUCCUUAAUAUAAACACUGUCAUCUAUGGCUUGUAUCAUCUCUUCACGGAACCAAAUUAUGAGGAUCCACUGAAUCACGAUGCCGCUGCUGUGUUGAGAGGGAACCCAAGGUUGUUUGAAUCUAAUGUUAGGAGGGCAAUGUCAGGAGGGUAUGUGGGGCAAACCUUUUUCCCUCGUUGUAUUUAGACCUUUGCUCAGUGCCUUCAGUUCCUGUUCAAAUGUCAUCAAUGCUUGGAGGCCCUUGUUUUGUAAAAUCAAAGAAUUGAAUUUUUCUUUGUCAGUGCUGUUAUUUUUCUUGGUGGAGCAACAGGCCAAGUUCCUAAGAUCACCAAGUGCGUUUAAAGCCAAACAAGUGGAAUGUUAUUGUAACCUGUGCUUUAUUGAAUGUUGACGUAUUAUUCUAAAGGGGACCAAGCAGAAAAUGAGUUCAGCUGUUUAUGUUAGAAUUUUAUUUUCCUUGCAUUA